GCUGAUGUGUCUACGGCUGUUGGUCAACCCACACCGCAAACAACAGAGUGUGUAACUGCAAAGGAAGAAGGACCACCUGGUGUGACAACGGCGAGAACGACGUCCGAGAAAACUACAGAAAUUGUGACGAAACGCACAACAGAGAAAAUUUUGACAGGUGAAGAGUGCACUUCUGCAAAUCAACCCACGCCGAAGGUACAGAGUGAAGAUUCGAGGACUGCUACGCAACCCACACCGAAAGCGGUACGGUUUGUUGGUCUAGAGACAUCAUCCUUUUAUUAUAUGAGUCACUUUCUUGAUGCGCUGCUAGGUCUGAUGAGGGCUGCAGGACUGCAUCUGAGCCCACUCCAAGAGCGGAUGACGGCUGCACGACUGCUCGUAUGCUCACACCGAAAGCGGAUGACGGUUGUCGGACUUCGUUCUGAGCUACGCCUACAAAUAGAGGCAGGAGGUGCAAUGGAAAUUUAG